GGGCAGACGGGAACGCGCACUAGUCUUGGGCAGACAGUCAACCGGAGAGGCUGCGUGAACAGACAACCGAGAAUUUCACCCUUAUAACCGUAUUUUCACCGUCUUGUCGCUCGACAUCUGAAGUAAACAUGCGCGAGAUCGUGCACCUGCAAGCGGGACAGUGUGGGAAUCAGAUCGGAGCCAAGUUUUGGGAGGUGAUCAGUGAUGAACACGGCAUUGACCCGACAGGCAGCUAUCAUGGAGACAGCGACCUGCAGCUGGACCGCAUCAGUGUUUACUACAAUGAGGCAUCAGGGGGCAAGUAUGUACCAAGGGCCAUCCUUGUGGAUCUAGAACCCGGAACCAUGGACUCUGUCCGCUCGGGUCCUUUUGGACAGAUAUUCAGACCUGACAAUUUUGUUUUUGGUCAGAGCGGAGCUGGUAAUAACUGGGCUAAAGGUCAUUACACAGAGGGAGCAGAGCUGGUGGAUUCAGUGCUGGAUGUGGUCCGUAAAGAAGCGGAGAGCUGUGAUUGCCUGCAGGGCUUCCAGCUCACACACUCCCUGGGUGGAGGAACGGGAUCCGGCAUGGGCACCCUCCUCAUCAGCAAGAUCCGCGAGGAGUACCCCGACCGGAUCAUGAACACUUUUAGCGUGGUGCCCUCACCCAAAGUGUCCGACACAGUGGUGGAGCCCUACAAUGCCACGCUGUCCGUCCAUCAGCUGGUGGAGAACACGGACGAGACGUACUGCAUCGACAACGAAGCCCUGUACGACAUCUGCUUCCGCACACUUAAACUCACCACCCCGACCUACGGUGACCUUAACCACCUCGUCUCCGCCACCAUGAGCGGGGUCACCACCUGCCUGAGGUUUCCCGGACAGCUGAACGCAGAUCUCCGUAAACUGGCGGUCAACAUGGUACCCUUUCCCCGUCUCCACUUCUUCAUGCCCGGAUUCGCCCCGCUCACCAGCAGGGGGAGCCAGCAGUACCGCUCUCUAACCGUGCCUGAGCUCACGCAGCAGAUGUUCGAUGCCAAGAACAUGAUGGCCGCAUGCGACCCCCGUCACGGACGCUACCUGACCGUGGCCGCCGUGUUCCGUGGACGCAUGUCCAUGAAAGAGGUGGACGAACAGAUGCUCAACGUUCAAAACAAAAACAGCAGCUAUUUCGUAGAGUGGAUCCCUAACAACGUGAAGACAGCCGUCUGCGACAUUCCGCCCCGCGGACUCAAGAUGUCCGCCACCUUCAUCGGCAACAGCACGGCCAUCCAGGAGCUGUUCAAGCGCAUCUCCGAGCAGUUCACCGCCAUGUUCCGCCGCAAAGCUUUCUUGCACUGGUACACCGGUGAGGGCAUGGAUGAGAUGGAGUUCACAGAGGCUGAGAGCAACAUGAACGACCUGGUGUCCGAGUACCAACAGUACCAGGAUGCCACUGCCGAGGAGGGAGAGUUUGAGGAGGAGGGUGAAGAGGAGGCGGCCUGAUCUCCACCCGUCAUCUUUGAUCUUCAGCUUCAUCCAUCUAUUGAAUCGCAUUCAAGGUUAUCUCCAUCUCCACCUUCUCACCUCCCUUUCUACACCUUCAGUUGUGUUAAACAGGGAACGUCCAGACAAACGUUUGCCUCAUUCUCACUUGUUCUGAAAGUUACAUGCAUUUGUUUUUACAUCUGUCACAUCCAUAUUCUCUCAUUUCUCAUCCUCAUAUUAAAUGACUUUGUAUUAACAGAAUAAACAUGACUUAAUCUAA